UUCUACAUUCUUGAAUUAAAGAAUCUCGAAUGCGUAUAUAAAAUAACGUGUGUGUAUGACGGUGCAUAUACUGAUUUAUGUUCAGGUGAAUAAAAUGGGGACUGUGGAGUGUGACAUUACUUUUACUAACAACAUACAAAUGGAAAACAAAAUGCCCGGCUUAUAAUCUGUCUAAAGGACAAAACGAGUCAUGACGCGUCAGUUAAGAUUGAGGGUGCCUUCUGAAUGAGGAUUCCUAAGAAGAACAAAUUAUUUUAUAAGAAAAUUCAUCUGAGGUUUACUGGUGGAUUAAACUAGUCUAUGUAUCCCUGAAGUUUUGAUGAACACUCUUGGAUAUACGUUUAAAAUAAAAAUAAUUCGUGCGUAUGGUCUUGAAAAUUCUUCCACUUUGAAGUUCGAUGGCAAUGAUGUUAAUACGUCUUCAAAUCAAAGCGUUUUAUUUGUUACAAUGAAAAUAACCAAUGAAAAGGUUCUUUCAAUUCCAUCUGGCAUGGUAUAUAAUAACUUUUAAAAAAGAUUGCUUUCCUUGUUUUUGCAAUUUAACAUAACUGAGGUUUUUACAGUCUUCGGCACGACAAGUACCAAAAAAAUAUCAAUUCAUGUUUUUGAACUAUUGUUUUUGUGAACCAAAAAACAAAACAAAAAUGGAUUAUUUACCCCAUUCACGUAGAUGGAUAAUAAACACAAUGUUCGUGAGUUUUCAAAUAAUGUUGGCGACUGGCGAAAUUAAAAAUGUGAUGCAGAACCUAAAGAGUUUCAACAAUGGUAAUGUGUUAGCUCCUUUGUAUCGCGUUAUUGUUCAGAGGGAGUCGGGAAAUGUUUUCGUAGGUGGUCGAAAUGCGAUAUAUAAAUUAACAAGUGAUUUGCUUGUUUUGGAAAAUUUUGAAACUGGACCCAAAGCUGACAAUUCGAACUGCUAUCCUAUUCCCUAUGAUUGUGACCACAAGCGAGACUUUAAAGACAACGAUAACAAAGUGCUUCUAUUUUAUAAACAAAUCAAUGAUACCGAAGAUUUUAUACUUAGUUGUGGUACUAUCUUCCAAGGUACGUGUAGCUUUCACUCUUCAAAUAUUUUAUCCCAUCUCAUUGAUAUUGGCCCAGGAAAUUACACUGUUAGUUACAUUGCUAGUAGAAACUCAACUGUUGCUUUUUUUGCACCUGGACCCAACUCAGGAAAUGUUUUGUAUUCUGCAUCAUCUUACGACGGAAGACAACCUAAUAUGUCUCCAAUGUCAGUAGGUAGUAGAGCUAUUAGAUUCACACCAGACAAAAGAGCUGUGUUUAAAUACACAUUCAGUUCAGAAUUUUCUAUUACUGGGAUUGAUAUUCACGAAAAGUUCAAACCGAGUUACGACGUUCAAUACAUAUAUGGCUUCAGUUAUGACAACUUUUCUUAUUUUGUUACUGUACAACCAAAAAAUCCGAAGAGCCGGGUGUACGAAACUCGCCUAGCACGUGUAUGUCAAAAAGAUGUGACAUUUUUUUCAUACACGGAAUUACCAAUCAAAUGCACAGGUUUGCUUGAUUACACAAUUGCAACAGCUGCGUAUUUCGGGCCACAUUACAUGGAAACAAAUAGCAACGAAGCUCAGAAAGCCGUUUAUGUGUCUUUUUCCUACUCUCAGCCAAGUCUUUAUGGUCACCAGCUUGACAAAACUAAGGGAUCACAGUUGUGCUUAUUUACAAUGUCGGAUAUAAUCAGUGCCUUCACAACAGGUGUGCAACAAUGUUUUCAAGGAAAUCGUACCAUUGAACACCUAGAGGUUUUAGAAGGAACUACAGUUGAGUGUACCAAACAAGACAUGGACGUUGAUGAAAUUUUUUGCGGAUCAGGCUGGAACCGUUAUAUUAAAAUAACUAACAGUUUAAACGGAGAUUUUCGAGGACACGUGCCUUAUCACGUGACCAGCAUAACCGUGAUGACACAAGGUAGAAAAAUUGUUACCUGGCUAGGUACAGAAGAUGGAAAUUUGCUUAAGCUUGUGUAUAAUUCUGAAAAAACAAACGAAGUUUUAUUGAAGGUGAACAUUGCUGCUCCUAACUCUACUGAUCGUUCAAUACGACCAUCAACUGCCUUUGACCCAUCAGGAAACAAUCUCUAUGUUAUAAGCGGAAACCAGAUAGUGAAAAUUCCUGUUAGUUCCUGUAUGUUUUAUGAGGACUGCCAUUCGUGUCUCACAAAACAAGACCCGUUGAAAUGUGGUUGGUGUGGAACACACUGUUCUGUUAGAGAAGAAUGUGAUGAUAACUUUUCAGCGACGACUUGCACACCAUUAAUUGACAAGUUUUUUCCAGCAAGUGGACCAGUAGGAGGCGGUACCCUCAUCACCAUUGAAGGAAAUAAUUUUGGUUCAACUCCUAGUGGAAAUAUUAGUGUGAGAGUUGCUGGUGAAAGCUGUGACAUUCAGGUACAUAAAAUAAAUAGGUUGCGUUGUAAAACUAAAAGCAUUCAGAAAGAAAAGACAGGACCAAUCGAGCUUACUGUGUUAGACUUAUCAUGGAAUUCUGUAAGUUAUGAUAUGAAAGGAACAACAACAUCACAAACUGAUUACAGCUACAAGAUUCCUGUUUUUUUCGGAGUCUAUCCUUCCAAAGGGCCUUUAUCCGGUGGAACCAAAGUGACAAUGUAUGGGAAAAACUUGGACAUCGGAUUAAAAAGAAAAAUUAGAGUGGCUGGCGUUACAUGCAAGGAAAUUAGAACGACGACCAACGAGAUUGAGUUUUAUACAGGAAACUUUAAAAACUUUUCUACGGAAAUCAAACUUUGGUAUGUGACAUUGGAGAUAGAUGACACUGUGGUACUCGUAGACAGUGAGAAUAGAAAUGAAAGUCGCGGUGACUUGAAGCAGAUAAGCAAGUUCUUCUUGUACAUGGGAGACCCAGAAGUUCACACAAUUACUCCUAAAGUUACUACUGAGAGUGGAGGAACUACACUUAUUAUAAGAGGAAAAAACUUCCACAGCAUAGCCCAUCCAAAGAUGAUCAUCAGGAUGGCAUCGUCAGUAACUGGACAUUUAAAGGAAUUACAACAGGAUUGCAGUGUAAGGCCGGGAGGUGAAGAGAUGCUGUGCGAAACCCCCAGUAUUUCUAAUUCAUCAGUUGACGCACCUUCUGUUUCUGUACCAAUCCGAACUCAUAUGGCAUUUCUGAUGGAUGGUGUUGAAGAAUUAAGGAAGUUUCCUACACAUUAUCCGAAAUUGUCUCAAUUACUUUACUACCCAGAUCCUGAAUACUUCCAGUUUGAUGGUACGAAGCAUCUACAAAAUAUCCCUAUCGAUGAAGAACAACUUACUCUCAAGGGUAAAAAUCUGAAUUUAGCACACGGACCUAAAGAUUUGAUGGUCAUUAUUGGAGGAAAUAUCACUUGUAAUGUAACUCGUCUUACAAAAGAAAUGCUUUGGUGUACUCUGCCUGCUCGUGACAGAAGUUGGAUUUCAAAAAAACUCCAAAAAGUGGAGGUGCAAGCAGGGAAGUUACGUUUUGACAUUGGGUAUGUUAAGCAUGUUGACCGUCAACCCGAUGAUAGGGGCACCAUUAUUGCUGCUGCAGUUAUUCCGAUAUUACUCGUUGUUCUUCUGCUUGUUAUCCUGAUUGUUAUUUUUCGCCGGCGUCGCCAAACAGCUAAGCAGCCUGGCAACUACAGAGUAGCCUAUACAGCUGAUCCACAACAGGAAGAAAACAUAGCAACUACUGGAGAUGGUCGCGAAAUAAAUGACUAUACUACCGAACCUCGCAGACCAAUAAUAGAAGACACCGUGUACCAGAUUGAUGAUGAUAUGUUACAUCUCCUUGUAAUAGAGAAAAUUCUCGUCGACAGAAAGUAUCUUAGUCUAGGCGAAGUUAUCGGACAAGGCCAUUUUGGUAAAGUAUAUAAAGGUGUUUUGGAAGAUACCAAUGAUGCAACUGAGAAAAAGGAUGUUGCAGUGAAGACCUUACACAACAAUACAAGAAGUGAAGAUCAAGACAAGGAUGCUUUCCUCCAAGAAGGCCUGAUGAUGAAGGAUUUUCAACACCCUAAUGUUCUUUCCUUGAUCGGUGUAGCCUUUGAUGUCAACGGUGAACCAAUGGUUAUUAUACCUUACAUGAAACAUGGCGAUUUGCUGUCCUACAUACGUGACGAAAAUAACUCCCCAACUGUGAAGGACCUUCUUCAGUAUGGAAUUCAAAUAGCAGAUGGAAUGAAAUAUUUGUCUGAUCUAAAGUUUGUCCACCGUGAUCUUGCUGCACGGAACUGUAUGUUAGACGAAGACUAUACAGUGAAAGUUGCUGACUUCGGCCUGUCACGCGACAUUUAUGAACGAGAUUACUACACCAGUGAUAACAAGAAAAUGAAACUUCCUGUCAAGUGGAUGGCACCGGAAAGUUUAGAGAAAGGAAUCUACAACACAAAAACUGAUAUUUGGUCCUAUGGAGUGGUACUGUGGGAGUUAAUGACUCGUGGAGUUAUGCCUUACCCUGAUGUGGACAAUUGGGAUAUACUUAAUUACCUGAAGACUAGAAGAAGAAUGCCACAACCGUCAUACUGUCCUGACUUACUGUAUGAUAUCAUGAAAAGGUGUUGGUCUGAAGAACCCAAAGAUCGACCAAGUUUCAGCGAAUUAGUGGAGGAAGUAAGAAAUGUCAUAACAAAACUGGAGAAAAAACGCAAGCAACAGUUUGUUAGCACAAAUGUAACAUACGUGAACUACCCUGCGGCAGCAGCAGUUGCCAAUGGUAACUAAGAGCUUUAAACAUCGAUUUUCAUGCAAAUUCGAGGAAUUUGUGAACAUUCGCAAAAUGCCACAAAUCGAACAUGUUUAUGCUUUAAGUUACUUUAAGGAGUUCUAAGUUUCUUAAAGGCCAGUGUUGUCCAACUGGUAAACCAAAUCCAAUCCCUCAGGUAACUUUAUACUGCCCCAACAUAGAUUUAGUAAACAAAAAUCAAUAUUACCUCGUUCAUUUAAAUAUUUACGAGUGAUAAAAAGCGUAUUUGAAUUGGAGAAAAAAAUGGCCUUCGUGCAUUUUAAUUGCCUGUUUUCCAGCUCUUCAGUGGUCAACAGUUAAACCAUCUAGUUACAAGAGAAAGUACAAUAUGGACUGGGUUAGUUGCAUUCAAGUAUGUCUAAAAAAUACUUAAACUAAUUUCAAUUUUUUAGUUAAGUGCAUACGAAUAAAAAUGGUUAUUUAUGUGAAAGGUAAUUUAUAUUAAUUAAAAGUUAAAGACCGACGUAUCGUAAAAAUCUUCUUUAAUUCUGAAACGUAUGAUGUAAAAUAGUUAUGUUUUCGAUAAUGCAGGUGAUAAAUAUUAGCUGAAACAGUAUUUACCGAUAUUAGAAAAAACAAACAAAAAACUCGCUUUGUUUAGCUUACAAUAUAUAUAUAUACAGUGAUACCUUUCGGUUUCCUUCACAAUACACCUCGUAUUUCUCCUGUACUUCAUCACAUGAUAAACAGAAUGUAUUCUUAUUACAUUAUUAUAUAUUCUUAACAUGCACUUAUAAUUAAGUAAUUGUUAUUAAAAUAAAAAAAGAAAGGAAAUGGGUUAAUGAAUGUAAUAUGAUUUUUGUAUUCGAUCUUCCAUACAUUCCAUCGGGGAACUUUAGUGAUAUAAUUUUGUAUUGAACGUCACGAUAAAAUGCAAAGUUCAUACGACGCACAUGGCAAUAAAAUUUAUUUCUUAACACCUUCGAUUUUUCUUUCCUGAGACCAGUGGUUAAAGGGACAAUAUGGGGGAAGGGGUAGGGAUGGGGGUAGUCCCUAACUCAUUAGGUCAUUCGUCGUAGAAAACUUUAAAAUAUCAACUAACCAGAACAACAUUUUUUUUAAAGUAAAUAUUGUGUAUUAUAGAAGAAAAAUGGACUAUCGGUUUUGACGACAAACAGACCUUGGACGACUUCGCGUGAAAACGAAAAAGGUUGACUAUACCCAUCUCUCCAAAAUCCUUGUAAUUGUGCAGCAGUUUCGAUUCUCUUUAUUCCAUAUAGCUCCGGGGACUUUUCUUAGCUGGAGGCUGGACUCUGGGUCCACCAUCAUUUAAACCAUUGUAUAAAACAUUAUAUUUAUAUAUAUUUUGAUCUCGCAAACAUUUUGUCUUUGAAAUAGUUGGUCAUGUACAACAAGGUGUUUACAAGUCUUACUGCUGGACAGUUAAAACUUAAAAAAAAUAAAAUAUGGAUAACAUUUAAAGUCGUAAAAAGUUGUGAAAUGCUGUUGUUUCAAUCUCUAGUUUUUAUUUUAUUACACAACUGUCGUGUUACCGUUACAUAAAUUGCCGACUAAAUAUGGCAAGUUUAUUUUGUAAUCUAACAAAGUAUUUUUAGAAUUUAUUAAUCUAUUGUUUACUUUUUCCCGACAUUAUAAGAGAAUGAUUUCAAAUAUGAAAAGAAAUUUCAAACGCAAAAGUUUGCCAAACGUGCAACGAAGAUAUUCUUACAACAUAUGUCACUUGUACUAUUGUAACAGUUAUUGCGCAUGACGUGCAUCAAUGCUGUCAUACACUCGUCAAUAACAAUGUAAAGUUACGUCAUAAUUUGCUAGGAGAACAUCCACUUAUCUACGAAAGUUUUGAUAUCCGAGACGUAUUCAGAAUUUUCACAGAAGUAUUAGUUAGUUUGUUUGUUUGUAAUUAAGCACAAAGCUGCACAAUGGGCUAUCUGUGCUCUGUCCACCACAAGUAUCGAAACCUGGAUUCUAGCGUUGUAAGUCCGCAGACAUUCCGCUGUGCCACUGGGAGGCAGAAGUAUUAGUAGAUUGACAAGUUUAGCAUCAGUGAAUUUAAAAAUUGUUCUGAUAUUUAAAUUAUGACAAAGUUAAUUAUUUGUAUACGUUACACUGUCAGUUCACCGACAAGGUUAUAUAUAUAUAUAUAUAUAUAGAGAGAGAGAGAGAGAGAGUCAUAAGUAUGUAACUCAACCUGAAAUGCUUGGCUUGUGUCAGAGAGAGGGGGGGGGGUGGAAGAAGCAAGGAAAACUGUGGUUGUUUCUAGACUCAUAUGGUUAUACUUCAGACUUAAAUAAUCUAAGUAAUUUAAAACUUUUUAACUUAGUUUCAAAUAUUUCAGAUUGUUGUUUUAACGGCUGUAUUUUCUUUGUAGCAGUUACGAAAAUAUUAUUUGUGCUUGAGAACUUUACAUGACAUUUUACAAAGUCUGUUUCACUUUGGCUUACUUACAUAAAUUUGCAAAAAAGUUUUACAGACGUUUAUUUAAAAAAAACUGAAAUUUUAUAGAACUUUUCUGUGUUAACAAAUGUAUGAUGAAUGUUGUAUUAGCAAUUAUGAAAACCUUGUUCAAGGGAGUUAUAGAAAAGCUGAGUGAUUUAACUGGCAAAUUAAUUUACAGUAAUUGAGUUUUUUAAGUUAACUAGAAAUAAGGGAGGGAGUGUGUAAUGUAAUAUACGAUAUACAUUAUAAUCUUAUAUAUAUAUUGCGAACCGUGGUGUCUGUCCGAGCGUCUGUCUGUCUGUCGUUUGAAAAGCUGAAGCUGCGUAUGCAGACAAAUCUCAACAUUCACUUUUGAAAUGACGGGAGAACUGGCAUGAAUAAUGUUGACGCCAAAUUUUAUUUUGCAAGCAUGAUAUUCUUCAUUAAAUUGUUAGGAAUUAAUCACACUAUCAUUCACGUUUUGAAAAGUGACGUAACUUUAAAGAAUAAAAAUGUAGAUUUACCGUAUGUUAUUGUUGAGCAGCUCUUUUCAUCACUGAAAAAUGCUCAACAAUUACUUUUCGCAAUGGGCGGUAUAAGUUGCUCAGAGCUUCGGCUCUGAAUGAAACCAAGAGUGCAACACAAUUAACCUUUUUAAAGUCCAUGAGGUAAUUUAAAUUGAUAGAUUAACUUAAACUUUCGCGUCACUGGGGACGGGCACUUUUGAUUUG